UGGCGGGUAGUGUGUGAAUGUCAAUACGGCAGGUAAUUAAAUCACUUUAAUUCUAGUAGAAAGAGCACAGAAGGGAAGAAGAGGUGGACACGGCUUCUUUCGGGAGCUAACUUUUUUGCCGAACAAGCCGUGCAGAAUCACCGAUGUGACUGUGUAGCGCUGAGUACACUCUGGCUGGGUGUGUAUUGGGUAGUGAAGCUUUGCGGUUCCCCGCUGGCACCUUUGUAAAGCGGAGCGGUUUUCUGUGAUCAUGAUUUGUACUUUCUUACGGGCUGCGCGGUGUGCGGAGAAGCUGUGCAGGUCGUCAGGGAAGCCGUUGUUUCCGCCACGCUUAGUGCUUAACAGAGCUUGCUUGAGGGCCGCGUCGGGUUUGAGCUGGGCUCUGCGAGAGCAAAAGAAAGCGGUACGACCUAAGAGUGUCCUUGGAGUCACCCAGAAAACCAUCUGGACGCAGAGGCAGAGCCCCCAGAGGGCAGGAGACGACGGCAGCAAACAAGUGUCCGUGCACAGCCAGAGAGGGGAAACCGUCGUCUCAACGUCACAGAAAGUGAAAGAAGCUGGAAGAGAUUUUACCUACUUGAUAGUGGUGCUUAUUGGAAUCACCGUCACAGGUGGCUUGUUUUACACAAUUUUCAAAGAACUUUUUUCUUCAUCCAGUCCUAAUAAGAUCUAUGGGAAAGCCUUAGAAAAAUGCAGAUCACACCCCGAGGUCAUCAGCGUCUUCGGGGAGCCCGUGAAGGGCUACGGGGAGGCGACGCGCCGUGGACGGAGACAGCACGUCAGUUUUAUUGAAUAUGUAAAGGAUGGGCUGAAAUACAUGCGUGUGAAGUUCUACAUCGAGGGCUCCGAGCCUGGGAAGCAAGGAACAGUGCAUCUUGAAGUGAAGGAGAACCCAGAAAGUGGCGAAUAUGAAUUUCGAUACAUAUUUGUUGAACUUGAGCCCCACCCUAGAAGAACUAUCAUCAUCGAAGACAAUCGAUCCUGAGCUAACUGCAGGACCCCAGCAAGCACGGUUUCCAAGCACACGUGGAGUGGUGCGGGCACACAGCUCUGCCCUUCCCCACUCUCCUCCCAAGGCUGUAGAAUAAGAUAGGAAAGAGUGUGUAGCACAUAAAAGUGAAUGUAACUGGGUAGUAGUUGCAUUUAGAUACACGUAUGUGGAGAAUUUCUUACAGAGGGCAAAUCAUGAAAAAGAACAUACUUUAUGGUAUCUCUGAAUCGAUCAUGGGCAGUAUUUCUGUUCUAGUUAAUAUCUUUCAUGAUAAGAAAUCUGUGUUAUUAAAAACUGCACCAUGUAAAUAAGCAAAAAGAGUUCAAUAUUUUAUGCUUUCAUGCUGUAUAACUGUAAAAUCUGUGAAAUAAAGUCAGAAGUAACAGAGA